CUUGGUGGAGACCUGAAAACUUUGGUCCUUAAACCCUAGUAGUUUAUUGAGUUCCAAAUUCACCCCAUUUUGAUAAACCCUACACCCUGCUUUUAUUUACUUCAAGACAGACACCUGUCUAGUCCACACUGCGUUCAGCGAGAAAAUGGGUAGCGAUAGUGAAAUAGAGAAAACUGCACAGAAAGAAAAGGAGAGAAAGAAGCUAUUAGCUUUAGCCCCUAUUGCUAAACCAUUCGCUGGAAAGAAACUCAGCAAACGUAUCUUCAAACUCGUUAGAAAAGCUACGGAACAUAAGUGCUUGAAGAGAGGAGUUAAAGAAGUAGUUAAGAGUAUUCGACGUGGUCAUAAAGGUGUCAGUCCACUUCUUCCCUUUCUUUCAUCCAUUGGAUUGUGUGUUAUAGCUGGAAACAUUUCUCCUAUAGAUGUCAUUACCCACGUUCCACUUCUAUGUGAGGAAGCUGGUAUACCAUACAUCUAUGUUCCCUCUAAAGAAGAUCUUGCAAAUGCUGGAGCCACCAAGAGGCCAACAUGCUGCGUUUUGGCAUUGACAAAACCUUCCAAGGGAGAACUUAGCCAGGAAGAUCAAGAGAAGUUGAAAGAAGAUUAUGAUCAAGCUGUAUCAGAAAUUCGUGAAACAACUUCCUCCUUGAUUUGAUGAACAGAAUUAUGAUAUUAGGGGUUUUACUUGAUUGCCCUGUACUUAGUUCUAAUAAAUAGCAAAUUCUCAAUUAUUAA